AUGGCCCAAAGUCUAGAUGAAGUGUACCAGGGGCUUCAAGCGCGGCAUAUCCGUCUGCUAUUGAUCAAGCCUACGUUGCCCGACGAAAACAUUGAAUGCUCUCUCACCGUAGUCCAUAUUGACCAGGCACCAAGACUUGACGCUUUAUCAUAUGUCUGGGGCCCAGGAACGCCCACAGAGGAAAUAUACUGCAAUGGUACGACCAUGUGUAUCAGAAAGAAUCUGGCCGAUGCACUGCGGAAUCUCCGUUCCUUACCAACAUUUCGAAAUGCCAACGAAGAACAACACUGGGCAUCAAUCGCUGAGGUCUGGGGGAAAGAUCAUGUGCUCCAUUCGAGUGACAACUGCUGGAAAAAUUUUUCUCGCAAUAGACACGAGCAUACGGAUCCUACUUAUCCCCUGGAUUCUUUGGUGUGGAUCGAUGCUAUCUGCAUCAACCAGAAUGAUACAAAUGAAAGGGCGAACCAAGUCAGAUUGAUGACAGAAAUCUACACUUCUGCAAGAAUGGUAAAGUUGUGGUUGGGCAAUGAAGAUUCACGGCCAAUGCCUCACACGGUAGAAACAAAAAGAGACAGUGAGCUGGAUGAUCCUCUAUGGAGUUUCAUGCGAGCAUUAAAGGACUGGGAUGCGCUACGACAGUUUUUCGAUAACCCGUAUUUUCAACGUGUCUGGGUGGUCCAGGAGAUCGUCCUUGCGCACAAAGCCGUCGUUUUCGUGGGCGACUGGGAAAUUGAAUGGUCCGCGGUAGGCAAAUCUGCUGUGUGGUUUCAGAAGCAUGGCUAUCUGUCGCCUCUUUCGAUCUCACAAGGCCCAAAAGAAUGGCAGGGAUCCAUUCCGAUUUCCAAUGCUGCCGAAUUGUGGAAGACUCACGAACAAUACAAGGAGUUGAGCCCUCCCCUCAUAAGGAUCUUACAUGAUCUCCGCCGGCGAAAAGCAACCCAGAAGCUUGACAAGGUAUAUGCUGCAUACGGGCUAGCUCAGGAGACGUGUCGUUUUAGCCAGACUGGCUAUCAUCCUCUGACUCAGAUCUCCUAUGAUAGCGGCGCCAGGACGGUGUAUCGCAAUAUAGCCAGAUUUCUCAUCAUAGGCAACGGCAAUCUCGCAGUGCUCUCCCAUGCUGGGAGUUUUCGAGGACCGGCUCCAGGCUGGCUUUCCUGGAUGCCUGACUGGUCUCGUAGAAAGGCCAACAUCCAACUUAUUGAUGUCGAUGGCGCAGAGCCUCUCUACAACUCCAGCCAGUCCCAGCCUCUCACCAUCGGAUACACUGCAGACCAAGACAUUUUACCUCUGGAAGGAAUCGAGUGCGACAAGAUCACGGCGUACAGCACGAGACUCCUGGACCGCGAUCUAGGAGAAUCAACAGUCAGAGAGGAGCAACAAUUCGCCCUCAGCGCGUGGCGACUGAUUAUUAGCCGACCCCUAGCACACAACCGCUUCGACCAGACCGAGACGGCCAGGAGAAGGCCGCUGGGCAGUUUCGCGGCCGCGCUUUCGGCGGGGCUCGUGGACGACGGGUCCCCGUUCCUCAACGAUAUUGGAUACUCGAGGGACGCUGAGAGGUGGCUCACCUCGUACCUGGAGACGGGAGUGACGCGGAGCACACUGCUGGCAAAGCAUUUUGCCCUACAGGGAUUACCGGCCCUGAAAGGAUUGGCCGAGGACGCAUCGACCGCGCUCGAGCCUCGCCGGUUUCAUCGGAAGAUGGUUCAUAUAUGUAGAGGCCGGCGCGUCUUCGUCACCAAGAAUGGUUUGUUCGGGAUAGGUCCCGAGAACAUGAAAGAGAAUGACAUUGUGGUUGUGUUUUUCGGGGCAAAGGUGCCGUUCGUGCUACGGCCUGUCGGGGAAGAAUACCAGCUGAUUGGGGAAUGCUAUUGCGUUCAGUUGAUUGAAGGCGAGGCUAUCGAGAAAUUGAACAAGGGGAGACUCACGACAAGGUUCUUCGACCUCCGCUGA